GGGCGGGAGCGCGGGCGCGGGCGCCGGCGGCAGGCCAUGCCGGGGGCCGGGGACGGCGUGGAGGAGAGCUGCAGUGGUGGUGAGGGAGCGGUACCGGGAACAGGCUCGGAGGCUGGGGCGGUGGCGGGACGGGAGCCCUCGCGGCUGUGCGGCUAUCUGCAGAAGCUGUCCGGCAAGGGCCCGUUGCGCGGCUACCGCAGCCGCUGGUUCGUGUUUGACUCGCGCCGCUGCUACCUCUACUACUUCAAGAGUCCCCAGGACGCUCUGCCGCUCGGCCACCUGGACAUCGCCGACGCCUGCUUCAGCUACCAGGGCCGCGAUGAGGCUGCGGAGCCCGGAGCCGAUCCGCCCACGCACUUCCAGGUGCACAGCGCCGGUGCAGUCACCGUGCUCAAGGCUCCUAAUCGUGAGCUCAUGACUUACUGGCUACAGGAGCUUCAGCAGAAAAGAUGGGAAUAUUGCAACAGCCUUGACAUGAUGAAGUGGGACAGCAGGACUUCCCCGACUCCAGGGGAUUUUCCCAAGGGCCUUGUGGCCAGAGAUACCACAGAUAUAAUUUCCCAGCACCCAAAUCCUUCUGCAGAAAAAGCCAGAACUGUGCUCGCUGUGGAAGCUGCCCCUGGAGAGCUGGUGGGAGACCGGGCUGCUCAUCAGCCAGCUCCCGGGCAUCCGAAUCCCAUCAACUUUUACUCUCUGAAGCAGUGGGGAAAUGAGCUCAAGCUCUGCUGUGGGGUUCUGUUCUCCGACCCUGUGUGGACCAGAGUCACUAGUUCAGGAUUCCCCUUUGAAUUUGGACGGAACCCUUACAAAGGAAAGCGCCCCUUGAAAGAUAUAAUUGGGUCAUACAAAAACCGCCACAGCAGUAGUGAUCCUUUGCUCGAGGGAACGGCGACAUCAUCAGGCAACAGCGGAGGUCUCACUAAGCCAGUCCCCGAAAUGCAGCUGCAGAUUCAAAGCCAGCAGGAGGAGCUGGAGCAACUCAAGAAGGACCUAUCCAGUCAGAAGGAGCUCAUUCGGCUGCUCCAGCAGACAGUCCGGUCAUCCCAAUAUGACAAGUAUUUCACGAAUCCCCAGAUCAGCCAGGGGGUCCCCAGGGACACACUGGAGCUCCUGCACCAGAAGGACGAGCAGAUCCUGGGCCUCAGCGGCCAGCUGGAAAGGUUCGGCCUGGAGAAGGAAAGCCUCCAGCAGGAAGUGAGGACNCUGAAGAGCAAGGUGGGCGAGCUCAACGAGCGGCUGGGCAUGCUGAUGGAGACCAUCCAGGCCAAGGANGAGGUCAUCAUCAAGCUCAGCGCAUGUGAGGGCAGCNUGUCUUCACCCACCCUGGGGCCCAGCUCUCCUUUGGCCAUCCCGGCCAGCAGGGACCAGCUGGAGCUGGACAGGCUAAAAGAUAGUCUGCAUGGGUACAAAAGCCAAAAUAAAUUUCUAAACAAGGAAAUUUUGGAACUCUCAGCUCUACGAAGAAAUGCGGAGAGGCGGGAGAGGGAUCUGAUGGCUAAGUACUCUAGCCUGGAAGCCAAGCUCUGCCAGGUUGAAAGUAAGUACCUGAUACUGCUCCAAGAAAUGAAGACACCAGUUUGCUCAGAAGAACAGGGGCCUGCCAGGGAUGUCAUAGCCCAGUUGUUGGAGGAUGCUCUGCAGGUCGAGAGCCAAGAGCAGCCGGAGCAAGCGUUCGUUAAGCCUCAUCUGGUCAGUGAGUUUGAUAUCUACGGGUUUAGGACUGUCCCUGAUGACGAUGAGGAAGAGAAGUUGGUCGCCAAGGUCCGAGCACUGGACCUGAAGACUCUGUACCUCACAGAAAACCAGGAGGUUUCCACUGGGGUCAAGUGGGAAAACUAUUUUGCAAGCACAAUGAACAGGGAGAUGGUAUGCUCUCCGGAGCUGAAAAACCUGAUCCGAGCAGGCAUUCCCCACGAGCACCGCUCCAAGGUGUGGAAGUGGUGUGUUGACCGUCACACCAGGAAGUUCAAGGACAGCAUGGAGCCAGGCUACUUCCAAACCUUGCUGCAGAAGGCUCUGGAGAAACAGAACCCGGCCUCCAAGCAGAUCGAGCUGGACCUGCUCCGGACUCUGCCCAACAACAAGCACUACUCCAGCCCCACGUCGGAGGGCAUACAGAAGCUGCGCAGCGUCCUGCUCGCCUUCUCCUGGCGGAAUCCGGAUAUCGGCUACUGCCAAGGCCUGAACAGGUUGGUAGCAGUGGCUCUCCUUUACCUGGAACAAGAAGAUGCCUUCUGGUGUCUCGUUACCAUCGUGGAAGUCUUCAUGCCCCGAGACUAUUACACAAAGACUCUUUUAGGAUCCCAGGUGGACCAGCGGGUGUUCAGAGACCUCAUGAGUGAGAAGCUGCCUCGACUGCACACCCAUUUUGAACAGUACAAAGUGGACUACACCCUCAUCACCUUCAAUUGGUUUCUGGUGGUAUUUGUGGACAGCGUUGUCAGCGACAUCCUCUUUAAAAUAUGGGACUCUUUCCUUUAUGAGGGACCAAAGGUUAUUUUCCGUUUUGCCCUGGCACUUUUUAAAUAUAAGGAAGAGGAGAUCCUGAAAUUGCAAGAUUCGAUGUCCAUAUUCAAGUAUCUGCGUUACUUCACGCGCACUAUCCUCGAUGCCAGGAAGCUGAUCAGCAUCUCCUUUGGGGAUCUGAACCCCUUCCCCCUGCGCCAGAUCCGGAACCGGAGAGCCUACCACCUGGAGAAGGUCCGGCUGGAGCUGACAGAGCUGGAGGCCAUUCGAGAGGACUUCCUGCGUGAGCGGGACACUAGCCCUGACAAAGGCGAGCUAGUUAGCGAUGAGGAGGAAGACACUUGAAUGUAUCCCCACCCUAGGAUGCUGCUCUUCUUGCCUUCCUUCAUAACCAAAAGUAGCAAAGGCACAUCUCUGCACAUCAGCUGUCAGAUUGUAACAUCUACAGCCUCUGGCUUCUGCUGGGCAGAUGUCCAGAGCUAAGCUGCACUUUCUCAUCUCCCAUUUCGGGGCAGGGGGCAGGUGGCUUUACAGCCAUUUCCGUGUCACAUGCAUCAUAUGCUUGCUGCCUGAUUGGUGACUCACCAGGUGACUGUUUCCAAGGGCCUGUUUACAGCAUCUGCCAGUUGUGUGAGUGUUUCGCCCCACAAAAACUAUGUUCCACAUCUCCCUGUGCUCUUUCUUUUACCCAAGGGCAGCACUGUGGAGGAAUGUGCAGGGGGCCACAGUGUGGCUGCUUCCAGGGUCACAAGGUCACCAUAAGAAGAGGGACCUCUUUAAAAAGCAAGCACAGAACUGGCCUCCCAGGCUAGCGUGGGAGCCCUCUGCUGGUGGCUUGGCACUGCCAGCCGCAGUCCCUUCUGGACUCUGCUCUCCAAUGUAGCCUUUCAGACUGCAGCACUCCCUCUGCUCUGCAGCAGUGCCCACACUUCUCACUGCCAGCUGCUUUGCCAGCUGUCUGUCCCAGCUUGCAGUGGGGCUAGCACAUCUCCAGGAGCUGCUGUGGAAAACUCUUCUAGCUGGGAGCUGACUUGUAGACACCAUUCUCCAACUCUGGCUGGCUUGGGAUUCCAAAGGGACCUUGCAGUAGACCCAGCCCUGCAUAAGGGAACAUGGGAAACUCUCAGAUCUGUGGCUUGUGGGCUCCUGGAUUCAGGGCUCUAAAAUCUCUCCUGCCCAGCAGCUGGGUGUGGAGUGGGGCUGACUGCCAGCUUCCUGCAUCUGGAAGCACCUGGAGUGGUGAGUUCUAGUCUCUGUGUUGCCUGGAUUAUCUUGUCUUCAANAGGGAUCUGGGGCCACUGUGUCCUCUGGAAUAGCAGACUCUAGGGACUUGGAACACUUCUUUCUUGAAGCCCAGAGAGGGUCUGAACAAGAAANGUUAUUUUUGCUCAGUCCUGACGCAUCGCUGAUGGGUGACUGUCAUGAGAAAACAUCUUACACAGUAUUAUGGGAACACACGGGAAACAGCCUUAAGUGGACUACUUUACACUACCUGGGGAAAAAUUGGAAACAAUCCUUAGUGUAAACACACUUAGACUCCGGAGCAGAGCAAGACAGUUUCAAGAAGCGCUUUUUCCAUGACCCGUUUUCCUGUUUUUGCUGUCUGCUUUCUAGCACUUGAGUGGCUGAGUCCAUUUUUCAGUAUCUAGACUAUGCUUAACUUCUCCAAAAGUUGCUUCAUUUAUUACCAUGUAAAAGGAGCUGGUCUCUCUAUUUAGCCAAUGGCCUUUGCCUAUCUUCAGGUAUCAAAAAUGUCAUCCUUGUGUCUUUGGGACGGUGGUUUGAGGCCUGGUUCNAUCGGUAAGUUUGUCUGGAGCUGGACAGUGGUCUCACUGCUAUUCCAGAGCCUCCCUGAGACCAAAUGCAGGGAGAUGCCCCACCCCUGUGAAGUGCCGGCCGGCCGGCCGUCACCCUUGGGGACAGCUGUUAGGAGGUACCGUAGGGUAGGGUUGCCCCAGGGCUCAGUUGCCGUGUCAGUUUCGUACCAGAAGAUGCCAGUCCAGGUGUGCAUUUGGUGUAAACUUAGUGGCGGGUGGCUUUUGUCCUGUGUGCUGGUGGAGGCAUCUUUAAAGUACCUGGUGAUGCUGGGGACAUGGCUAGAACAUGUGCCUGGUGUGUGGGACUCUGGGUUCCAGCCCAGCNAUUGGAAACGAAAAUCUCCAAUAUGCACGGGGUCCUGUUCUGCCAUUCCCUGAGAGACGGCAUUAGUUUCUCAAGCAGUUAGCAUCAGUGCUCAGGUAAAAGUCUCAAGAGGCCCCAAAGGGAAUGCACGAAUGCACACUUAGAGGCUCUCAUCCCUGGAAUAAAUGACUCAGUGGCUUCAGAGCUGAGAAGGAGUGCUUGCCCUCUUUCCAGUUUGGGGACAAAAUGGCAGAUGCCUGUCCCAGAGGCAAGGCUCCGGUGACUGAGCCAUCUUCUCCCAUUCCCUCGUCACGGAGACUGGCUUUACCCUCCUCCAGUGUUCCUGAGGUUCCAGACUCCUCCCAGCCACCGUGCUGCUUUUCAUCUGAACCCUUACCCAGCAUGCAACGCAUGGCUCCUGCCUGGUGAGCCUNGUGGGCUGAGAAAGCCAAAGCACAGCCCCCAGCGUGUGGUCCAAAUGCACGUGCCACAGUAGAGGAGCACCCUGCGCUUGGCGCCCCGUCUGGUGGGACCUACCGAUAUUCCAACCGUUGACACUUUUAUAUCUUCACUACAUUUUAUAUUUUUAUAGACUAUUUUAUAUUAAGGUUUUUCUAGAUCCUGUACAACUUUUAUAUAACAAGUUCUAUUUUGUGUGCAUGACUCUCCUGUAUGUAUUUAUAUCAACCCGAGCCUCCCAGAUUGCAGGUCCCUCUUGUGCCACUUUUUCCUCUUAGCCUUGACUGUCCCUCUCCUCUGCUCUCCCAGGUGGCCUCAUGGGGGCUACUUCUAGCCGUGAUGACACCCAAACAGCAGUCACUGGUCAGCAUGUACUUCUCUGGUGUUUGUUAGCUAUGGUCUGUUGAUACAGGAAGUACUCUGGGCAGUACCCAGUCAGGUUACCGCACUAUGUUACCGCACAAACCCCUCUCGCUCAGUACAGUGGGUGUCCUGAUGCAGCCACCUCUGGGUGGGUGGCUGGUCAGGAAAGUCCUCGAAGACAGGCUCGAUGCAAGCCUGGUGUAUGAGGCUCUUCUCCUCCUGUGGACAACUAGGGGACUUGAGGGCACACUGCCAAGUGACUGUCUUUUUAUAUCACANCAGCUUCCAUGCUCAUCCUUGAGUUAAAUGGUAGACUUGUAAAGGAAGAAAUAAACUAAUUUGU